UGGGUGAAGUAUUUAUUAACCAUGAAGUGUGACAGUGUUAUUCUUGGCAGAAGCUGCAACAAGAGCAGCAGUCAGAGCAGCACCAAGUUGACAGCUCGCAUGUCGACUGGGGGCCGCCGCAUUGUCCGUACUACCUCUGGGUCUGGGGGAGUGCGUGGGCGUGGUGCUGGGGUCAUUAUGGGCUCAUCUCGUCCCAUGUUACCAGCACAGUAUGUCCCAGAGGAACUGAUAUCGCAGGCCCAGGUGGUGCUUCAGGGCAGGAGCCGCAACCUUAUCAUUAGGGAAUUGCAGAGAACCAACCUUGAUGUGAACCUGGCGGUGAACAAUUUAUUGUCACGUGACGAUGAAGACGUUGAGGAGCCAGAGGAGAGUGGUGAUUCCUAUGUGCCAGAAGACCUCAUUUCCCUCCUAGAUGCUGGCAUUUCUGUUGCUGCCGACCAUCCCUCUGUUAUAAUCGAUGCAGAUGCCAUGUUCUCCGAUGAUAUGUUUGGGUAUUCUUCAGUUCGCAGUCGAUCUGGUGGAAGCCGUGGGCGAGCAGGUGAGAGAGAUCGUGAGGGUUCUGCUGGAUCUACUGGCUCGGAACACCGUGCAGACAGAGAACUUAGGUGGCGUGACCGUCACUACUCGGGACCCCGUAAGUGGCUCUCGAACGCGCUGCUGUCGGUUAGAGUCACGCAACCCCAUACAGAAACGGGAAAGAAAAAAGAUUCCCUUCUACCAGAUGCCAUUGAUGUGGCAGACAGUCUGCAGUACUGGCCAGAGAGACAAGGAAACCAGUCAGUCCCACGGUUCUCACACAUCGCUGCUCUCCAUUCUGAACUGGUGGCCGUGUCUACCACAGGGCAGCUGUACCAGUGGCGUUGGGCAGACAAAGAUCCUUACGUGCACCCUGAGCUACCAAGUGUGCAUCAUCCAAAAGCAGUGCCUCUUGGACUAGCUGGGGAGAGAGUGGUGGCCAUUAGUGCUGCUGGUGUCAGGUGCAGUGUUGCAACAGAAUCUGGUCGUGUGGCUACUUGGCUUGAUGAGACCUUAGCUGAUGUAGCUACUAAACUAGAACAACCUGCACAAACAUUUCCAGAGUUACAGAAUGACCGCAUAUUGUCGCUUCACACUUGUCAGCUGUACACGUGUGCCUGGUGUGAAUCUGGGUCACUCUUCUGGUGGGGGGUGUUGCCAUUUAACCAACGGAAAAAACUUUGGGAAAAAUUUCGCAGCAAAAGUCGCAAACAACGUUCAGAGAUCACAGAGGGAGUUCAGGUGGGAAUGCGAUCAUCACCGAUGUAUCACUCUGGAGCUUUGGCAUUCUCAACAUCUGGUGGUGUUCCCAAGAUUGGUCAGCUUCUGAAUGCUGCCUGGAAUCUCAGUGAUACAUGCAGAUUCAAAAUUCUUCCUCCUGGUGGGGUGAUAAGUGGAGGCAACAGUGGAGGGUCAAGUGGUGGUGGUAAUGGUGUAGGUGGGUCAAGCAACAGCACCACUUCAGGUUUCCAGACUAGUAGUAGCGGCUCUUCCAUUACACAAAGUGGCAUAACGAACAACAGCAGUGGUAGCAGUAUCACUAACAAUAGUGGAAGUGGUGGAGGGGAAAAGAAAACCUUGUCAUCAGAAGUGUUGGGGUCAGCAACCAAAAUACUGAAGUGUGGGGAUAGCAAGGAAUCUUCUGAUAAGUUGGACAUGCCACCCCCACCAUCUCCUGCAUCCAGUACUUGCUCAGACACAGGAUCAAUAACAUCUCCUGCUUCAUACAAACGUGGAAAACGACCAGUGCCUCGUGAUGAAAUGGAGCGAUUUGAUGAGGAAGAAUGGCCUUUGAGAGAUGUAAUAUUUGUAGAGGAUACAAGACCAGUACCAAUUGGGGAGGUUCUUGCUGUUGAUGGGAAUCAAGUGGUUGUGGUACCUCAGACGAAGGAGGGUAAAGGUAACCUACGUGUGAUCCACCGAGAUCAGUUGCAAGUGAUUCGUGCUGGGGGAAAUCCUCGUGUUCCAGACUGUUAUCAGAAAACACCCAAGCGUAUUCCAGUGACAGAGCAAGGCCAAAUCCUAACUGUGGCAGUGGAUGGUAGAGGGAUACAUGCCAUCGUUAAGAAUGGAAGUCGUCUGACUUACGUCAUUUACAAUCUGAGUUCUGGGAAGGCUGAGCAGGAAUGUGUGUUCCCUACUGAUAGUACAGCAUUUAUGGGAUCUGAGCCUUCUAGCAUAUCCUUAACAAUAACAGGAGAGAGUGAGAAUGUAGGUGUACUGCGUGAUGGGAACAGCACAAUAUACCCCCUUAGUAAGGACUGUGUGGACUCGAUCAAGGAUCCUCACUGGCCGGACUUACCACCUGUGUCUUGCUUAGGAGUGGCCACACACUUCCUGCAUGGGGCAGGUGCCCAUCAAAAGAAUCAUGUUGCCUUGCUUGUCCUAGCGCUCAAGACUCAAACGCUGAUGCCCAAAAUACUCCGGUGUGACCCUGAAGGUGUUAGACAAGUUUUGGCACUCAUUGAAAAUGAUACUCCAGAUGGUGUUUCAAGUUUAACAACCGAGUCAAUAGUUGAGGAGAAGUGUGAUGGAAAUCGUAACAUUCUUCAUGCUUGUAUAUCCACUUGUUGUCCAGUUACAAGUAAAGAAACCGAAGGGGAGUCAGUGUUAGAGAAAGACCCAAUCUUAGGCACUUUUGCUUGGCCACCAAGUUCCUCAGACACGCUGAAUGACUCUACUAAUGCAGCUGGACCAGAUGAUGACCUUAUGACCCCGUCCUCUUCCAAAACCACACCAGGACCUAGCAUGCCAACACUAGGUUCUUCGGACCCAAAUGAACGCAGAUCCUACUCGUUAACCAUACUUCGAACAAUCUGUGACAGUCCUGCGCUGACGCAACAUCUGCGUAGUUUAUUAGUUGCUCGUGAUUCUAAUGGUUUUACACCUUUCAUGUUGGCUGUUUCUGGCCGAGCAUACCAGGCAGCCCUAAUCCUUUUUGAUGUGAUACAUCGUGUAGCUCAUGACAGUGCCAUAGACGCUGAAAGUGAGCGUCGGGCUGUCACCCAAAUGAUAUUUCCCAGAGGUAGCAACCCUGAUGAUUCCCCUCUUCAUGUUCUUUGCUAUAAUGACACUUGCUCCUUUACCUGGACAGGAGCUGAACACAUUAACCAGGACAUUUUUGAAUGCCGGACUUGUGGGCUUGUAGGGUCCCUGUGCUGUUGUACAGAGUGUGCACGAGUUUGCCAUAAGGGUCAUGACUGCAAGCUUAAGAAAACCUCCCCAACUGCAUACUGUGAUUGCUGGGAGAAAUGCAAAUGCAAAGCCCUCAAAUCUGGUCAUCAGACUGCGCGUUUUGAUCUUUUGUCACGUCUCAUAACAGAAACAGAUCUUGUGAACAUUGCCAAUGGAAGGGGGGAGAAUCUUCUUCUUUUUCUUGUACAAACUGUUGGGCGCCAAGUGACAGAACAGAAGCAGUGGUCUAGAUGUCGCUCUUCAUCAUCAUCAACGCGUAAGAAUGCUCUGUCAGAUGUAGUCAAUAUGGAGGUUCCUGACCAUGAUCUGGAACCACCUAAGUUUAGUCGGCGGGCCUUGGAGCGCCUGCUGAAUGACUGGGCAGCUGUGAGAGCCAUGAUCAUGACUGGCCACAAGGAGGAAACCCCUCCCACUACUGCAUCAACAGAUGAGAUUAAUUUCAUGCAGUACCAGGGUCACACCACCCACUUAGACAAAUUUACUUAUUGUCUACUUGUUAAAUUAGCUACUCAGGUUGAGCAUCGUAACCUUAAGUUAAAGCAGUUGAUAAACAGCGAUGACGAUGAGCGCAAAAUGAUUGCUGAUACCAUGGUGACAGCUUUGAUCAACACACUUAUAAGAGAGCUACACAAUGAGUCUGUGCCAGGACGCAAGCAAGAAGCAGAAAAGGUAACUCCAUCUUCAUCCUGAGAGCUAAUGUGUGGAGU